AUGCGCCUUGAUCGCUCGUGGUUCAGACCAACCAGGCGGCAAAACCGCCUACUAGUCAUGGCAGUGGUGGCUCUAGGUGUACUCUUGUGCUUGCACUGGGGUCACCACCACGUUCCUAGGGCUCGUCGGCUUUUUAAUGUUGACAUUAUUCAAGCGAGAAGGUCGGUGAAUAAUCCUAUUUAUAAUGAUAUGUCGGCAUUUGAAAACCUGGAAGCAGAUCCAUGUAUCGCCUAUUUCGACAAGCUAGCUUCAUUAUCAUCCGAUGGGGAUAUACUCGACUUGGAGGCUAUACACAGCCACACUUACAAUAUUGCAUUAUACAAACGAAGUAGAUGGGUGAGAGAACAAGAAAGAGCAUUGCGUCAUCAAAUGAAAGAGGAGGGUAAGAGAGAGCGCUGGGGGCCAAAGCAUGAUGCAAUAAUUCGACAAAAGUUCUUGGAUGACAGCAUGCAGCUUAUCAAUCAUGAGAAGCAGAUUAUACGUCUGAUAAACCAUAUGCGCAUUUACAACCGAUGCUUCGUCGACAGAACCUCAGGUAGCAACCGCGGAGACUUGAUUGAGAAGAAACUUUACCCAUGGAUCAACAACGCCUUACCAACUUUCAAGCUGUGGAACGGUAAAAUCUUGGAGGAGGGAAAAGUUCCAGUGGUCGACGCUAGAAAGGUUUUUGACGAGAGUGGUACCGCAAUUCAAAGAUUGAAGAAAAUGAGUAAUGGUAAGGGAAUAGUUAUUCCGAUAUUACCCUCUCAAUUCAGAAAACAGCAAAUAGAGGAAAUUCAAGGUCUCAUAAGAGUCCUCAGAGCCAACAAAAACACCCUUCCAAUUCAAAUUGUGUAUCGAAAAGAGGAUUUGAAUCAAGAUGAGAUGAAUUUGUUGAUCAGUUCAGCAAGGACAGAAAUCAGGCGUUUUCCAUACUCGUAUGAAUGGUUUCACAAAACAGAAUACGGAGAAGACGUCGAAGUCAAAUUUAUGAGCUCUCGUGAUUAUCCAAAGCAAGACUUGUGGUUUGUCGAUACGUCAGGAAUACUCAACGAAAAACAGCAUCCUCACAUACGAAGGUCCCCCUUAUUCGUAACUCAUACCUUUGCCAUAACUUUGGCCGCAAUCUUCAAUUCGUUUGAGGAGUACAUACUACUUCUUUCCUCAUUCAUACUAUUAAAGCAGGACAUACAAUCAACUUUCAAUGAUCCUGAGUAUUUGAAAUAUGGUCUUCGGUUCUUCAAGUCGAGAUCCGACUAUGACUCUAAACAAAGAAAAUCACCACCAGGUUUUCGUGAAUUAUCAAGCCUCAUUAGGGGAUACUUGAUGCCCUCUAAGGAGGAUUGCAAGAUUUUUGGCCUUCAUGAACGUUCAGGUGACUCACCAUCGUCCCGAAUUUUCGACCAUGACUUUCAGCUGCUUCAAGAUCCCACGGUGAUGGUGAUCAACAAAUCGAAAGUACUUAGCGGGCUUCUUUUGUCAGCGAAUCUUCAGCUAUAUCCACUCCUCCAUGGUCGCUUUCCUGUUGCGAAAGAAGAAGUCAAUCCGGAGUAUUUCUGGCUUGGACAAGAAAUUGCUGGAACGAAUGCAAAAGUCAAUUUCAACCAGCCCUCCGCAGUGGUUGCUGGAAUACAGACACCAUUACAAAAUCGUGACUUCAAGUUGGUCACAGCAAGCCACGAAAUGUGUUCUUCUUCUUGGGCUCAAUUGGAUCCACAAGAUGAAUCACAGCUCAUGUAUGUGACUAGCCACCAACUUGAAAAUUAUUAUCUGGGCAGAAUUACGUUCAGGCAAGACAUUGCACUGAAAUACACCAGUAAAGAGAAGGUUUUGAAAGAGCAGGAAGAUGGUACUCGAGUUGAAGUGGAAGAAGAGAACACCAAUACUGUUGAAAAGUUAGAUCGAAAUCCUCUAUUCAUGGAGGAAAUUUUUAGACCCAUUGAUCUAUUGAAACCGAUCAUUGAGGAAGAUUAUAGAGAACCACGCCAAUCAUGGUACAAGCAAAGCAAUUUUGGACAUGAUAAUGACCAUCCGUUGUGGUGUGCAUACGACAUUGUGGGGAGUCCUAACAUACAAGAACGGGGCCUCAUUAUACCAAUCAGUGAGAAAUUGCAGGCAAGAUACAAUUUUCUUGUGGAAGUUCAUAUGUACAAGUUAGAGGCUCUUGAUGAUUAA